UACCCUGGACAUGCAGGGGAAGAAGACAAGAAAAUGAAUGAAGAACUAGAGUCUCAGUACCAGCAAAGCAUGGACAGCACGAUGUCUGGGCGGAACCGGCGCCACUGUGGACUGGGUUUCAGUGAGUUUCAGGAUGGUGAUGACCAAGAAGAGGGAGUUGGAGACUCCUCUGACCAUGAGAGUUCAGAGGAUUCUGAAAGUGGCUCCGAGUCUGAGCAAGAGGAAUCUGCAGAAGAGCUACACACUGCUGGAAAACAUGAGGAAGCUGAGGUUCCAGAAAACAAAAAAGAAACAAAAAGCAAUUAUAAAAUGAUGUUUGUUAAAGCCAGUGGUUCAUAACUGCAGAUGUAACAGCUUUGUAUUUAAAGUACAGUAAGCCUUAUUGUUACAGUGCAAAGUGGAGGACUGCUACAGCACAAAUAUUUGUAUUAUGAUUUUAA